AUGGAGGAGGACCCGGCCAAGGGCUGCGUUGCCUGUGGUUGGACAUUGGAACAGCAGGAGCAAUGUUGUUAUUCGAGCCAUGUCAAACUCUUCUAUGGCGCGAGCCGACGCGGAGUCUGGUCAAUUGGGUCAGACAUAAUCCUGAAAGAGCGCCCUGAUGAGGGCCCAAAAAAAAGAAAACGAAUAAAGGGAAAAACACUCGAACAAGCGUGGCCUACACUAUCAGAGUCCCAGAAGACAGCUAUCGCAGACCAAGUUGUCCAAGUCCGCAAGAAGCUACGGUCCCUUACGUCGGAGUCAAUACAAACAGUUGAUCAUGGCCCAUGUGAGCCAGCGCUACUCUUUCCGGACCGUGCGCCCCAUGGACGUUUCCACUCUGACCUCGAACUUUGGAAUGCGAUUACUAUUAUGCUUCGUCAUCCACCGUGUGAACCCUAUGUUCUCACCCACUGUGAUCUCAAUCUGGGCAACCUUAUCGUUAGAGACGGGGCGUUGGUCGGAAUACUCGAUUGGGAAUUUGCCGCCUACUACCCUGUAUGGUAUGAAUACGUCUCGGCUUCGUGGGGAUGGACUGAGGAUGAUGCUGAGUGGAAAAGGUUGCUACAACAGCGUAUGGAGGCACAUGGUGACGGACAUCGUGAUGCGAAAGACUUCUGGAUGGAUCUCUGUCAGUUACGAAAGUUCCCGAACUUGGAUGAAAAGGGCCAACAAGUGUUGGAAAGUCUAUCUGCUGACUAA